AUGUCCCGGCGCAAGCAGGCGAACCCGCAGCACCUCCGCUCGGACCAGGAGCCCAAAGCACCCCACAUAGCGUCACAAGAAGACGCUCCUGGGGAUGGAGUGGACGACGCGGACAGUGGUAACGAGAGUCGCAGCAGCAGCGAGGAGACGCACGUCUGUGAGAAGUGCUGCGCCGAAUUCUUCAAGUGGUCAGACUUCUGUGAGCACCAGAAGAACUGCAGGAAGAACUCCCUGGUGCUUAUCAUGAACGAGAACCAAGUGACGCCUCCCUCCCAAGUGUUGUCGGCCGAGCUCUCCCCGGCGCUCAGCUGUCCCAGUGACCUGGCCGAUUUCGAAGAUGCAGAGGGCAGCCACACGCUCGCUGAACCGGAUGCAAGUGUAGACGGAGUAGAGAAAGACAAUGCCGAAAGGGAAGACGAGCCCAUGGAGGCAGAACGGUCCCCCGAAAAGCCGACGCAUCCCGAGAAACCCACAGAUUCGUCAGAGCCUGCCGUGUCCCUACCUCAGGUCCCCUCUCCAUCUUCCCUGAUGAGCUACAGCAUGCCAAACACAAAUGUAAUUCUGGAGACUCUCCAUGGCACCAGGGUGGCUGUGGCCCAGUUCUCCCAGAGCUUCCGCCCAGGGGCUAGCAGUGGGAGUUCCACAAUGGCCAUACCCAUGAUCCUGGACAAGUUGAUGUCCUUGCAGCAGCAGCAAAUGCACCAGCUCCAGCUCAUCGAGCAGAUUCGUAGUCAGGUGGCCGUGAUGAAUGGGCAACCUGUGCAAUUUGCCCUAAAUGCAGGCGUUGCUUCCCAGGGUCCAUCUUUGGCUGCCAGCACAGGCCAACUCAGAGCUUUAAAUGCCACCUCCAUCCACCCGCUUCCACCCAUAAUGUCCUGCGCUGUAAACGGACAGGCCUCUCUCUCCCUAACUCCUGUCCUCGAGAGGUCACAGGAACAAAAUUCUCAAUCUUCCUGUGGAAAGUCCAGUCCAGGAAUAACCAUCAGUCCAUCGGUUUCCACUGUUUCAGAUCCCUCCAACUGCACUUCUGCAUCCUCUUUGCUCCCAUCUUUCACUAAGACAAGCAGCCGCUGUUCCCAGCCUCUGAACUCAAGCGCUCUACCAGUGGGACAAAGUGACCUGCUUAGCUCAUCCUCUGACAUGCCACUACAACCUCAGUGUUCCUCAAGUAGCGUCAUCUUUCCCAAUCCGCUAGCCAGCAUCGCCGCCACGGCGAACGCGCUAGAUCCACUCUCGGCUCUGGUGAAGCAGCGCAAGGGGAAGCCACCCAACGUGUCUAUAUUCGACACCAAGGCAAAUUCAGAAGAUCCCUUCUUCAAGCAUAAGUGCAGAUUCUGUGCAAAAGUGUUUGGCAGUGACAGUGCCUUGCAGAUCCACCUGCGGUCACACACUGGGGAAAGACCUUUUAAAUGCAACAUUUGUGGCAACCGCUUCUCCACUAAGGGAAACCUGAAGGUCCAUUUUCAGAGGCACAAAGAGAAGUAUCCACACAUUCAGAUGAAUCCCUACCCAGUACCGGAAUACCUCGACAAUGUGCCUACUAGCUCCGGCAUUCCCUACGGAAUGUCUUUCCCUCCGGAGAAGCCAGUGACAACAUGGCUGGACAGCAAACCAGUUUUACCAACAAUUCCUACUUCUGUGGGCCUUCAGCUCCCCCCGUCUCUUCCCAGCUUGGGUAGCUACGAUUCUCCAAGUCUUACCCCCUUGAACAGGUCUCCACAAAGACCUUCCCCUACAUCUAGUGAAUGUGCAUCUUUGUCUCCCAAUGCUAGUGCUGAACAACGCACUCCUGCAGGCUCGGGUUCUCCACAGGCUAACAUUCAGGGUGAUACUCCCUCAGACCUGAAAACUGAGGGAAUUCACUUACCUGCAAACUGCACAACCAGACCUGAGAAACUUCCCAGCCCUGCAUCUCAGACCCUGCCAGCUACUAUCAGUACAACCACAGCUACAACCACGCUGGUCACAGAGCCCAGUACUCCCCCAUCUUCUGUCUCCAACCCAGUGCUUUCGAUAAUUACCGAUCAGUUUAAGGCAAAGUUUCCGUUUGGUGGUGUCCUAGAAUCAAUGCAGACCUCAGAAACCUCAAAGCUGCAACAGUUAGUGGAGAACAUUGACAAAAAAAUGACAGACCCUAACCAGUGUGUCAUUUGCCACCGUGUGCUCAGCUGUCAGAGUGCCCUGAAAAUGCACUAUCGAAUUCACACUGGGGAGAGGCCCUUCAAAUGCAAGGUUUGUGGCCGAGCAUUCACCACUAAAGGCAACUUGAAGACGCAUUUUGGCGUCCACAGGGCUAAACCUCCGCUGCGCGUUCAGCACUCGUGCCCAAUAUGUCAGAAAAAGUUCACCAAUGCUGUUGUUUUGCAGCAGCACAUCCGUAUGCACAUGGGUGGCCAGAUCCCUAACACACCACUGCUUGAUGACUUCCAGGACAUGGAAACGGACUUCUCCUUCGACGACAAAGAUUUUGCCAACAUGAGCAACUAUGAUGAUGAACUAAUGGAUGACAACUCUAUGGAGGAUGACAUAGACCUCAAGGAAGGUGAUACAGAGCAAUCCAGUUCUCAGAUUCCUUCUUCUGGUACACCUGGCAUUGUGUCUUCUCCUUCAGUUAUUUCACACAUUGCUGCUCUAGAUAAUCAGAUGAAAGUGACAGACUCCUCGGUAAACAUGAACCACCCUCUGGGAUUUAAGUCAGUGGAGAAUGGUGUUAUGGACCAUGAUCAGUUGACUACUGACUCAUCCUCUGCAGUAGACUUGGAGAGCCAGAGUGCUGGAAGUCCAGCUGUCUCUGAGACAUCCAGCUCCAUUCAGGCUAUUUCCCCAACUCUUAGCCAUUCUGAGAAGCAUCAGCCCAAGUCUCCGGUUAUGAGCAAUGUUGAAGAGUUCCAGGAAGAUAGGACUGCGAUCAAGUGUGAAAAACCCCAGUCUCCUGCACCUGCGUUCGAAGAUGGAGCACUGGACCUUACAGCAGUCCAAUUUGGCAAGCCUGUCAUCAAAGAGGAGGCACCCUUCAGCAUGCUGUUCUUGAGUAAAGAGCAUGGUCCAAGUCAAAGUUCUCCAAGCCUGGUGACCAGCACAGCGCCCAGCACAAUCAAAAUCGAAAUCAAUGGCCACAGCAAGCCCCUCCACACAAGUGAGGGGUCACACCUAACGUUUGGUAUCCCCACAGUCCCAGAGAACGGGGUCACCGCUGGAAUCACCUCCAUGCUUGCCCCGCUUGCCCCGCCUCCCCCACCCCGUCGGACUCCCAAGCAGCAUAACUGCCACUCAUGCGGGAAAAGUUUCUCCUCAGCCAGUGCCCUGCAGAUCCAUGAGCGAACGCACACUGGGGAGAAACCUUUUGGGUGCUCAAUCUGUGGCAGAGCUUUCACCACAAAAGGAAACUUAAAAGUGCACAUGGGCACCCAUAUGUGGAACAACGCACCAGCCCGGAGGGGACGCCGUCUGUCGGUGGAGAACCCCAUGACUCUGCUUGGCGGUGAUGCCAUGAAGUUCAGCGAAAUGUUUCAAAAGGACUUUGCAGUAAGAGCCAUGAACAUCGACCCCAGCUUCUGGAACCAGUACGCGGCAGCAAUCACCAAUGGCCUGGCAAUGAAGAACAACGAGAUCUCAGUCAUUCAGAACAGGGGGAUCCCCCCGCUUCCCGUCUCCUUGGGGGGCAGCGGCAUUCCCUCGCUGGGGAGCCUCACGGGGGGCAUAGAGAGGGCGCACACUGGCAAGAGUCCACCCAUAAUAAGUCUUGAAAAAACAAGCAUGGACCUGAGAGCCAGUCACCCCUUCUCCAGGUUUAUUGAGGACGACAAAGAGAUUGGAAUCAACUAACUUAAAUGAUACAAAUGAAAGAACUACGAAGAGAUUCAACUGUUAAAUCAGUUUAAAUACUAUGUACUA